CACCAAAUCAAAGAAAUCAUUCAAGCGUUAUCUUGCAAAUCUUCAAGCACUCAUUCUCUCUAAUUCCUCUGUUUCAGAGAUAUCACCAAUUUUCUCUUUUUUUCCAAAAACACACAAAUCCACAUCGAUUUAGAUUUAUUUUUCUUGUUUUGUGAGUUUUGUUUAGUUUCUUUCAAAUCAAUGGCAGAAUUGAAAGAAGCUCAUAUCGUCGAAAUCCCAGUCGAUGAAGAGCAUCAACAGAAACUAAUCUCUGCCAUGACCACAAUCUCUGCAAUACAACACCACCCACUAAUGGAAAUCUCAGAAAGCCCCGGCCACCUCUUGCUUCUCAAGCUUUGGCAAAGGGAAGAAAACCUUUUUGGCCGUAGAAUUGCCAUAAAAGAAACAAGAAUGGAUACCAUUAGAAGAGAAAUAUUCCAAUUGUGUUGUUUCUUCUUUAUCUUUCAUGGGUUUUUCUUAACUGUCUUAUUUACUUCAUACUCUGAAGAUCAUCAUCAUAAUGUAUGCCACAAGUGGUGGGUUCCAUCGAUUCUAUCGGUGUCAACUUCGUUUGUUAUUAUCUUCAUGGUUCAGAUGAAACUUUGCAGGUACUGGAAGGUGUCUAGGCAGUUGCAGAGAGAGAGGACCGAUAAUCGGACCCUCACGAGGUGCAUUCAGGAGUUGAGGAUGAAAGGGGCUAGUUUUGAUCUGUCCAAAGAGCCCCAGACUACUAAAAGAUUGAAGAGCUCUAGCGUUGAGAUCAAAUGGAAACCUCUCACUUGGUUUUCUCAGUAUAUGAUUACUGUUUGUCUUUUUUGUUUUACAGGUUUGAUCUUCCCUGCUUGCAGAUUCAUCCUUUGUGCUUAGUAGUGGUUUCUAUUUUGGACUCAACAUUGGAAAAUUUGAUAAAGGCGCCUACAAGAUGAUUAAUCCAUCAAUAUCGAGGCACUAUUACCGGGAGGAGGUUAACAAUGGCCACCCCCCGCUCUCUUUGAGAUUAGUACUUUGUUCCAUCUCUUGUUACGGGGAUGAAGCAUCUUGGUCCGAUCAUUGCUCAGAUUUACGUUGAGCCAAAAGCUGAUUGAUUAUGCAUAGGAGGAACGGGUCAGAAUCAACUAUUUCUUCUGCAUUCUGAUGAUGUUGAUGCUGAGAAAUCUUAUGAUAAUUUGUUCCGAAAAGGGAGGAUUGCAGCAGAAAGAGUUUUUGUCACUCUAGUAUGCAAUUGAUUCUUCAACUGAAAUGGUUGGUCGAUUUUGAGUGUUUCCCACCAAACCAAAGUUACACAGCUUGUGUACCAAACAUUUCAAUCGUUUUAUCUUAAUUCUUUUUCACUUUCAUAUUGUAUAAGCGAAGGGAAAUAAAGGUAUUGAAAUUUCACUCUUAGACUUGGAAGAAACCCCUGUUUGAAAUGAUUCAAUUGAUAAUGUUUUAUUUUUUUUGGCAUGUGGAUAUAUCUUCUCUCCCCUCUAGAAAAACAACAUAGGAAUUGUUAAAAAUCUCAUGGGCAGAGCUUACCCUUGAUCAGCAUAUGCUAUACCAACGUUUAUAGUAUCGAA